UGCGCCCGCCCGCCGCCGAUGAACUCCAUGAACCCCAUGAAACCCUCCCUGCCGCCCACACCCCACGGUGAUGGUUCAUUUGCAUACGAGGCUGUUCCUUGGCAACCGAGCACCAAUCAGCCGGCGGGAUCCCUCUCCGUGGUAACCACUGUCUGGGGUGUCAGCAACACCUCCCAGAGCCAGGUUUUCGGCAGCCCCAUGGGCCCCGGGGGGAGCAGCUCCAGCACCCCGCUGCUGCCCGGCAUGGCCGGCACCGGCUCGGGCAUGAGCUCGCCACCGUUCCUGCCGCAGCAGUCCUUCGCCGAGGGGGCGCCCGGGAAGGGCUACGUGCAGCCGGGCAUCGACGGCCGCAGCGCCUACCCCGGCGGGCCGGGCUUCGCCGCCAGCUAUGCCGGCAGCCCCGGUGGCCCCGGAGGGAUGGGGCUCCCCUCGCAUGCUGGCCGGCCCCCCGCUGAUUUCACCCAGGCAGCCGCUGCCGCUGCUGUGGCCGCCGCCGCUGCCACAGCCACGGCCACAGCUACGGCGACGGUGGCGGCGCUGCAGGAGAAGCAGAGCCAGGAGCUGAGCCAGUAUGGCGCGAUGGGUGCGGGGCAGCCCUUCAGCAGCCAGUUCCUGCCCCACGCCGGACCCCGCGGCCCCACCGGUAUGAGCCCGGCUGGCAUGGCGGGCGUCAUGGCUCCCUCCGGCGUCUCGCCCGUGAGCAUGAGCCCUGCGCGGGCGCCCGGCGCCGGCCCCUUGUACGGCGGACAGCGGAUGCCCCAGCACGCCUACCCCGGCCCCCCCCCGAGCCAGCAGCUCCCCCGCCAGGGCCUCAAGCGGGCGUACUCCAACGAGGGAUACCCAGCGCAGCAGUACCUCCAGGGCGGGCAGUACGCUGCGGCCGGUGCCCAGUACACCUCCAGCGCCCCCCAGCCCUCCGCUCCGUCCCCCUCCUACCCCGGCCACAGGCUGCAGCAGGGUAUGGGCCAGUACCUCUCCGCCUCAGGCAACGCCGGACCCUAUUACAAGCCAGCUGACCAGUUCAACGGGCAGAGCGCCGGCUUCGGCACCUACAGCCAGGCUGCCGUCAACGGGCCGGGCCGGUCGCUGCCGGGGUACCCCAGCUCACCGCUGGCCGGGAACCCCACACCCCCCAUGACGCCGGGCAGCGGCAUUCCCUACGUGUCCCCGGGUCAGGACGUCAAAUCGCCCUUCCUGCCGGACAUGAAGCCCAGCGUCGCCUCCCUGCACCCGUCCCCCUCGGGGCCGGCCCCUGGGGAGGAGCUGCGGCUGACCUUCCCGGUGCGGGACGGCGUGGUGCUGGAGCCCUUCCGCCUGCAGCACAACCUGGCCGUCAGCAACCACGUCUUCCAGCUGCGCGACUCCGUCUACAAGACCCUCAUGAUGAGGCCCGACCUGGAGCUGCAGUUCAAGUGCUACCACCACGAGGACCGGCAGAUGAACACCAACUGGCCGGCCUCCGUGCAGGUGAGCGUCAACGCCACGCCGCUCACCAUCGAGCGCGGUGACAACAAGACCUCCCACAAGCCGCUCUACCUGAAGCACGUCUGCCAGCCCGGCAGGAACACCAUCCAGAUCACUGUCACCGCCUGCUGCUGUUCCCACCUCUUCGUCCUGCAGCUGGUGCACCGGCCCUCGGUGCGCUCGGUGCUGCAGGGUCUCAUCAAGAAGCGCCUGCUCCCCGCCGAGCACUGCAUCACCAAAAUCAAGCGCAACUUCAGCAGCGGGACCAUCCCGGGGACCCCGGGGCCCAACGGCGAGGAUGGCGUGGAGCAGACGGCCAUCAAGGUGUCCCUCAAGUGCCCCAUCACCUUCCGGAGGAUUCAGCUCCCGGCCAGGGGCCACGACUGCCGGCACAUACAGUGCUUCGACCUGGAGUCCUACCUGCAGCUCAACUGCGAGAGAGGGACGUGGCGGUGUCCUGUCUGCAAUAAGACGGCCCUGUUGGAGGGGCUGGAGGUGGACCAGUACAUGCUGGGCAUCCUGAUCUACAUCCAGAACUCGGAGUAUGAGGAGAUCACCAUCGACCCGACCUGCAGCUGGAAACCUGUCCCGGUCAAACCCGACGUCCAUGUCAAGGAGGAGCCGGAGGGGCCGGCGCUGAAGCGCUGCCGGACCCUCAGCCCCACGCACAUGGUGCUGCCCAACAUCAUGGAGAUGAUCGCGGCCCUGGGGCCCGGCUCCGUGCCCUUCCCGGCACUGCCGCCACCACCGGCGGGUGCUGCCGCCGACUACGGCACCCCGGGUUCCAGCUUUCCGGGACCUGGGGGCUUCCCAGAGCCAUUCCCCCCACCCGGCGCCCCUGGCACGCCGACACUGAGCGACUUCGCGCAGGGACCCCCCCCCAUCUCCUACCAGUCCGACAUCCCCGGCGGCCUCCUGGCCCCCGAGAAGCCCCCCGCGCCCCCUCUCCCCGCACAGCUGCCCCCGCCGGGGCGGAUGGAGCCAUCCCACCCCCCGGUGCAACCGGGGCUGCACAACCCCCCCCCGGGCAGCCAGCCGGUACAGCCGCUGCACCACCGGAGCGCACCGGCACGGCCCCCGCUGGGACCCCCUGGCCCAGCACACGCCGCCGACCUUGCCUUCCCCCCGGCACCCGGCAUGGCCGGGACGGGCGAUGGGUCAGAACCUGCCCUCGACCUCCUGCCCGAGCUGACGAACCCCGACGAGCUGCUCUCCUACCUGGGCCCCCCCGACCUCCCCAGCAGCAGCAACGACGACCUCCUCUCCCUCUUUGAGAACAACUGAGCCAUCCUCACCGCACACCCCCACCGCGGGACCCCCCUCCACGGGGCCGGGGAGGGGGGGCAGCACCGGCGUGCCCCUGCCCGCCGCAGAGCUGGGAACAGCCCCCCACACCAAGGGGGCUUUC